UUCGAAGUCAAUACGCUAAGUCCGGUAGCACCGAGAUCAAUGGAUAUACGGCCUUCAUGUCAUUGAGUAUAAGAAGCUCCGAGUUCUCGAGAGAAAGAUAGGGCAUCCAGAGCAGUCACAGUCAGCAUCUCGCAACAUCCUUAUCCACUCAGUUCAUGUGACAAUUCUUCUGUCUUUCUCACCACCUUCCAAUUCACAAAGUCCAUCCUUCAUCUCUGAUCAACAUGUCCGGCCAAACCAUCUUCAUCACUGGUGGCAGCGGAUACAUCGGCUCCACCAUCAUCGAAAAAGCCAUCACUGAAGGCUACAAGAUCACCGCACUCUCCCGAACUAAGAGCAGCGAUGAGAAGUUGAAGAAACUCGGCGCUAUGCCUGUCCGUGGCGACCUCGCAACCCACGACGUCCUCACCCGUGAGGCCGCCAAAGCCGACAUCGUCAUCAAUGUCGCUGAUGCGCUCGCUGGCGACUACAGCAUGCCGCAAGAGCAGCGCUUUGCCAUCAACAAUGCGGCCGUUGGCGCUCUAGCUGAAGGAAUGAAGGGCAACGGCAAACCGCUCGUUCUCACCAGCGGCUCCCUCAUCGUCGCGCCGGACCCAGAGGGCAAGGAAACGGACGAGACCUCUCCGCCUUGGCCGACCGGCCCCUUCAGGCAGUUCAAGGAGCUCAUGGACGGACGCAAUCUGGAGUACAUGGAGCAGGGCAUUCGUGUGUGUAGUGUACGUCUAGCGCCGUAUGUGUACGGUCGCGGCGGAAGCGGUGUGGCACUGUUCAUGAAGAGGUUUGCUGCGACUGGCGGAGCGUUCUACGUCGAUGAAGGCUCUGCGCGCACCACGACCGUUCAUGUUGAGGAUGCAGCGCGUCUCUAUCUCCUCGUUGCGCAGAAGGGACGCGCUGGCGAGGCGUACAACGCGACGUUCGAGACGGACGUUACGCAGCGCCAGAUUGCGGAGGCAAUUGCGAAGCAACUGGGUCUUGCUUGCCCCUCGAUGCCCAAAGCGGACUUGGAGGCCACGAUGGGUCCUUUCUUCGCUACAUUCUUGAGUGCGGAGAAUCGAGCGAGCAAUAAGAAGGCGAAGGAGGAGUUGGGAUGGGAGGUGCGGGCGGAGAAGGGUAUUUUGGAUGAGAUUGCUACGGGCUCAUAUGUUGAGGUUGCGAAGGGGUUGAAGAAGCCUUCUGAUUGAAUGGGCGGUCACAAUGAAUCUGGGGGGUGCUUCAAGUGAUAGUUGUUGAAAUGACAAAAAAGCUAAUUGCCACCUGAAUAAUCAAGUAUAUAUCGAGGAUCUGUAACAAUAGUACGCAAGGCAUUAUUUCAAUCAACC